AUGGCAAGAACGAUCAAUGCGGACCCGCCUCGUGACCUCUGUGUCACACUUGACAUUGAGAAGUUUUUCAGUGGUGAGGAGUGGGCAUCCAAAACUCACCUGGAAAGAAAGGAACUCAGAUCUCAACUGGAAACAUACCGAUAUUCGUUAAAGCAUACUUCAGGCCGUCAACCUGAAGUUCCAUACUUCAUCAAAGAUUACAAAAAGAGAAAGGAAGAAAACCGUGCAAGAAUAGCCAGAUUGGCCAAAAAUGUAAACAGAGUGAUUGAAGGCGCUAGUACCAGUGCAAACCCAUCUUUCUCAACUGAGAGCAGUGAAGACACGAUCAAUGCGGACCCGCCUCGUGACCUCUGUGUCACACUUGACAUUGAGAAGUUUUUCAGUGGUGAGGAGUGGGCAUCCAAAACUCAUCUGGAAAGAAAGCAACUCAGAUCUCAACUGGAAACAUACCGAUAUUCGUUAAAGCAUACUUCAGGCCGUCAACCUCAAGUUCCAUACUUCAUCAAAGAUUACAAAAAGAGAAAGGAAGAAAACCGUGCAAGAAUAGCCAGAUUGGCCAAAAAUGUAAACAGAGUGAUUGAAGGCGCUAGUACCAGUGCAAACCCAUCUUUCUCAACUGAGAGCAGUGAAGACACGAUCAAUGCGGACCCGCCUCGUGACCUCUGUGUCACACUUGACAUUGAGAAGUUUUUCAGUGGUGAGGAGUGGGCAUCCAAAACUCACCUGGAAAGAAAGCAACUCAGAUCUCAACUGGAAACAUACCGAUAUUCGUUAAAGCAUACUUCAGGCCGUCAACCUGAAGUUCCAUACUUCAUUGAAGAUUACAAAAAGAGAAAGGAAGAAAACCGUGCAAGAAUAGCCAGAUUGGCCAAAAAUGUAAACAGAGUGAUUGAAGGCGCUAGUACCAGUGCAAACCCAUCUUUUCCAACUGAGAGCAGUGAAGACACGAUCAAUGCGGACCCGCCUCGUGACCUCUGUGUCACACUUGACAUUGAGAAGUUUUUCAGUGGUGAGGAGUGGGCAUCCAAAACUUACCUGGAAAGAAAGGAACUCAGAUCUCAACUGGAAACAUACCGAUAUUCGUUAAAGCAUACUUCAGGUUAGUAUUUUCGAAACAACUUUUAUGGCCAUUCAUUAUUAUCUUUCUUUCUCUCCUCAUCUUCCUUGUUAUUUUCCUUCUCCAGCUUUUCCUUAUUCAAUUUGAUUGUAUGGUAAGAGAUGUAGUGGUAUUUCUCCAUAAUUGAAAGAAAAUGACGUUGAUGUUGUCAAAAUAAUAUAGUGGUAUGUUAGUUAGUUUAAUUUUCGUCAUA